AUGCGCUACGGAGCUUCAGUGCAGAGAAAACAUUGCGAUCCCAGCGGACUUCGUGUGCUGCUGCAGGCCAGGAUCUUUCCGGUUCUAUUGAAGUUGGUAGCGGAGCGUUGGCUCAGCCUUCGCUCCGGAAGCUACCUGUGGUCGAUGCCACCAAAGACUCAACAGACUUCGCAGCCCUCCUCUUUAGAGGGCCACAGCAGCGCCACACAGGUGACCAGCAAAGCGGACAACUAUGUUCCCGUUUUCGACAACACCCAACGUGGCUACAAGGAGUUCAGGAAAAGACGCGAGAUCUACAAGACAAAAAUGUCCAUGGCUGGCCGUUCGAAGGAGACCGUCUUCAACAUCAUCACCCUCCUCCAAGGCAAGGCCUGGGACUUGGUGGAUGACAUCGAGCUGGAGGUUCUCCAGGGCGAGCAAGGCUACCAAACUGUCUUUGACAGGUUGGACAAAGGCUUCAAGUACGACCCCUUGACCGAGCUCCCGGAGGACUUCGAGAACUUCUUCGUGCGACUUCACCGUAAGGGAACUCAGACCCUUCAGGACUACAGCACUGACUUCUCCCGUGCAGAACGGCAGUUACGAGUCACCCACGCUGUCAACCUCCCCGAGAAGGUGAAGGCAUGGUGGUACUUGCGGAAAGCUGGACUGUCCCGCGACCAACGGCAGCUCAUACUCACCAACGUGGGCACCGAGAACCUGACCGCCACCGAUGAUGCGUUCACCCCGUGGCCCGAUGUCGAUCAGGACUACUAUGGUGCCGAUGGAGGUGAAGGAGAAGAUGUCUUCGACGUGGAGGAGUACGACGAGGUGUAUGCCAGCUACAGCGAUGCCAAGGCGAGAUUGAAUUCUAUGCGGGUGUCACGUGGCUUCUACCCUGUCGUGGCUCUCGACGACGCCGAGAUCCUCAUGGUCGAGACCUACGCGCUUGACGAGCACGACGGCUUGGAUCUUGACUCGUGUGGGCUGACUGUUCAAGAUGGCGGCGCUGCUUCUGUUCUUGGCAGUCGGCACAGCGUGAAACGGUACCUAAGCUACUUGGUCGAGCGCGGCUUUGACCUGGCGGACCUCAGGAUCUUUGCGUGCAAGAAGGGGUUUCGCUAUGGCAACAGCCAGACCGAAGUGGCAAAGAUGUGUGUUCUUCUUCCUGUUGUUCUGGGCGGAAAGAAACGGCAAAAGCUUGGCAUUACCGUGGACUACCAGAACAAACGCAUGAGAUGGCCUGGGUGUGAGUGGCAGGCCAUCCCGUGUGGACACCGCGGGGAGCAUCAGUUGCGCCUUGUGGAGAACGAUGCCCUCCUCGACCCCAACGUCGAGUACUCCGACAUCUUGGCCCCCGACGACUUCGAGCAUCACGUCGACUACCUGGACCCGAUCCCUGCUGAAAUGGUCUUCAGCUGCGAAGAUGAAGAUGAAGCUGGAGGCAACGACCAUGGAGCUACCGGAGCAACGACAGUGACAACGUCAUCCAGGGACUAUAGUACCGAGGUUGGAGCCCCGGACAAUGAGCCCCAGUGCGAUGCCAGCGCCGCUCCGUCUUUCCCCCACGUGACCUACAACAUCCGGGGGGCGAACCUCAACGACCACAAGACCACAGACCUCAACGACCACAAGACCACAGACCUCAACGACCACAAGACCGCAGACCUCAACGACCACAAGACCGCGAACCUCAACGACCACAAGACCGCAGACCUCAACGACCACAAGACCGCGAACCUCAACGACCACAAGAUCGCAGACCUCAACGACCACAAGACCGUGAACCUCAACGACCACAAGACCACAGACCUCAACGACCACAAGACCGCAGACCUCAACGACCACAAGACCACAGACCUCAACGACCACAGGACCGCAGACCUCAACGACCACAAGACCAUAGACCUCAACGACCACAAGACCGCGAACCUUGGUGACCGCAAGACCGUUGAACUUGGCGACGACCGAGUCCGGACCCUGGGCAAGGGGACUUUACACACGUUGGUUCUCUCAGCCACAGAGGCUAACAAGAGCCAGAAACGCUUGCUCAAUCAGGCCAAGGAGAUCGUGGACAGCGACCAGAAGGUGAUCUGGGAGGUGUUCGGUGCGCGUGGUCAGGCUGGUGCGAAGGCUAAGGAGUUCGGAGCGAAGGUCGAGACCUUCGCCCGCAAGACAGGCUGGAACUUUAACCGACCGAAAGAUCGCCGGAAGUUUCUCCAAUGUCUUCGCGAAGAACAGCCAGACGAAGUGUUGCUAACUCCUGUGUGUCGGCUCUGGUCUCCUCGUCUGGAGGCCACCACUGCCGGCAAUCCCAGCCGAAAGGAGCGCCUUGUGAAGGCACGCCAGGAUGACCACAACAACAUCCUGACCUUUGUCAUGGUGACCUUCGAGGAACAGCGACGAGGUGGGCGCCAUGCACAUGUGGAGCAUCCCUGGGAGAGCCGAGCAUGGUUCACCAAAGCAUUUCGUCGAAUGCAGGGUUGGACCACCUAUGUGGAUCAGUGCGCCUACGGCCUCAUGCUCCCGAACACCGACGGCACCACUCGUCCUGCCAGGAGACCAACGUGCUACUUGACUACAAAGCGAUCUCUUCGAGAAGGCUUGGCCGCCACGUGUCCGGGAAACCACGGCCACAGCUCUUUCGAGGAGCAGUGUGAUGAGUCAGGUCGCCCAGAGGAACCAGAACCACGACGACCAGAACUGCUGGAUGCACGGCUGGCUCGCCUGAUGAUCGACGACGACCCCGACGACCACCUCAUUCAACAGGACAGUGUCUUCGCCCAGGACGAGGACCCCAACUUGGACGAUGCUGAUAUGCCUGAUGCCUCUGGACAGCAACCUGAAGAUGAUGAACACGUCAAGAAGAACAAGGAGCUACGAAAGAAGGUUGGAUCGCAGGCUAUGAACUACGUGGUCCGAUUGCACAAGAGCUUGGGACACCCUUCUCCUGAAGUUCUCCUCAGAAUGCUGGAGGAAGUUCAGGCAACAGAGACCGUGAAGCAGGCGGCGAAGGAGUAUGUGUGUGCGAAGUGCUAUGCGCGAAAGAAGCCUGGCAGUGUGCCACCCGCCGCCGGGCUGACAGCUCGAAACUUCAAUGAUCGAGUCAUGGCGGACAGUGCUUGGGUUGACACUGAUGAUGGAAGAAAGUGCAUCCUGACGAUCAUGGACCAGGCCACUCGCUAUGUGGCCGUGAGGCUCCUUCACUCCGAGAAGCGCACUGACUUCAUCAACGGCGUCGAGAGAGCAUGGAUCAAGCAGUUCGGGGUGCCUAAGUACCUACGCGUCGACGAGGCCAAGGGCUGGGCCUCACAGGCACUUCGGAACUGGGCCUCGGACCACGGUGUGACCCUGGAAGUGGCUCCUGCGGAGUGCCAUUCGUGGCUUGGUUCUGUGGAGCGUAAGCACCAAGUGGUGCGAAGGGCCAUCGAGCUUUUCAUGGACGACCGGGGCGAAAAGAGCUUCUCGAACCUCAAGGACGCCCUGGUGUACAUCCCUGGCCAGAUCAACAAUAUGAGCUUUGUUCGAGGCUUUACGCCAAAUCAGUGGGUCACCGGUCGCAGCCCGAUGGAUGCCGCGAGCCUCACCGCCGACUUCUUCAACCCCGCUGCUGACCCGAUUGAUGAGCCCUCGGACUUUGCGGCGGUGCAACAGAAGCGGCUUGCAGCACAACAGGCCUUCCUUCGGGCCGACACUGAUGCACGCCUUCGCAGAGCCAUGAACAAGACCUUUCGGGAGCAGCAGGAACUGCCUGCUGUAGGUCAGCGUUGCUACUACUGGCGUGUUCAAGGCCUUCCUACUCUGCAAAAGAGCAAGUGGCGAGGCCCAGCGCGCGUGGUGGCGCAUGAGGUGAAUGAUGAGAAGAAGGUCACUGUGGUUUGGGUGGCACACGGCACCAACUUGCUACGGUGUGGACCUCACCAAGUCCGCCCUGUUGUUGAGGAGCUGGGGUAUGCCACAGUCGCUGACCCUGCGGCGGCUAUGCGCGACCUUCAAGACCUACGUGCUCGCAGUACCACGCAAUUUCGUGAUGUGUAUGAAGACGAGCCCCCGGACGUUGAGGACCUCCUUGAUGGUGCAAACAGCCCCUUCUACGAGCCCUCCGAUCCUGGAGCAGCCCGUGCAAGCGAUGCUGAUGAUGAGGCCAUGGAGCCUCCUGUUGUUCCGGGCGCUGUCUUGCUGUACCAGCGCGCGUUGGCUUCUCAUGGUGAUGAAGCUGGCGAAGAAUCGCGCCGGCCCGCCCCGCGUCGUCAGGUGUCUACCGACGCUCCCGCCCCGGAACCACACAAUGUUCCGGUGCCGGAGGAUGACGAGGACCUCUACCUGGACGAUGUCUUUGUGACCGAUGCCGGUGACAGUAAGCUGCCAACUGGUUGGGUGGUCAUCGACGGGAACCUGGCGAUGGAUGAAGCUUGGCUGGCCAGGGAGACCAGUGAGAAACGAAUGAGUGCGGAGCUCACCAGCUACUUCGACAAUGCCGUGUGGGAGUUCACUUCUCUUCUUCCUGGAGAGCACGAUCGUGUUGUGACAGCACGGUGGGUGCUGAACUGGAAGACUCCGACCGAGGGAGGCCCACCCAAGGCGAAGGCAAGGCUGGUGUUGCGAGGAUUUCAGGAUCCGGAUGUUUUUGACUUAGAGAAGGCCUCCCCGACAGCAACCAAACAGUCAAAGUUCGUGAUCUUAGCGCUAGCCCCCAUCAUGCAAUGGACCAUCUUCUGCGGUGACGUGAAGACGGCCUUCUUAUCUGGGGCAAACUUCGAUAGGAAGAUCAUCGUAAAGCUGCCAGCCGAUUGCGGCCCCUUGCUUGGAUGCACCGACCAGGGUCCCACCUACAUGAGGAUGCUAAAGUCCGCCUACGGGCUGGCCGACGCUCCCCUUCUCUGGCACCGAGAGGCAACACGCCGACUGCGUGCCAUCAAGUGGGAGGUCCAUCCUCUGGAUCGCUGCCUGUUCUGCUACUACUCUAGCGAGGGCAGCCUACUUGGAUGCCUGGUGUUGCAUGUCGACGACCUUCUGGUGGCAGGUGCGAAGUACCACAAGGAGUUCUCAGCUGCUCUGAAGGCGUUGCGUGGUGCCUUCAACUUUGGAAAGUGGGAGGAGCUCACGAAGGAACACUCCAUCAUGUACUGCGGCGGCAAGAUCAAGAUGACUGUUGAUGGUGUGUCUCUGAGCUAUGCUGAUUACCUCAAGAAGGUGCACCCGAUCACCAUUCCCAAAGGACAAGGAGCUCCACGGAAGCUCACGAGCAAGGACACGUCCAAAGCGCGCGGACUUCUUGGAGCUCUUCAGUGGCCGGCUGUGCAGGGGCUGCCGCCAUUGUCAGCGACAGUCUCGAUCCUUGCAGCCGACAUUGGCAAGGGUGACAACGACCUCCUUCUGAACCUCAAUAAGGCCUUGCGCUUUGCGAAGAACACCGGUGACUAUGAGAUCCGCAUGCACGGCCUCGACUACAACGUGAAGGAUCUGUGCUUCCUCUGCUUCAGCGAUGCAGCCUACGGUGUGCGGCCAGACGGGUCGUCACAGGGAGGCUUCAUGAUCCUGUUGACCCACAAGAAGGCUAUGCGCGGGGAGCCGACGGACUACAACAUCAUGAGCUGGCGAUCCUUUAAACUGCCACGAGUUUGCCGCAGCAGCCUCAGUGCCGAGGCUCAGGCCUGCUCUGCCGCCGUGGAUGAGAUGAUGCUCCUCCGAACAAUGAUCUCACUCAUGCUGGAUCCUCGACAGGAUCCCAAGGACCCGGCCACAGCAAAGUGGGUUGGUGAAGCGGCGAUUGUGGUGGAUGCCAAGGCAUUGUAUGAUGCAUUGAAGCGUCCUGGCUUCAACAGCCAGCACGACAAGCGCACCGGCAUUGAGAUCAUCUGCAUCCAGGAAGAGCUGGAGAGACAAGGAGCCACCGUCCGAUGGGUCAGCUCUGAGGUGAUGUUGGCAGACGGGCUCACGAAGAUAGGUGCACGGCAGUCCAUGGUGGAUAAGCUGGCUUCUGGGAGAAUUUGUCUCCACUUCGACCCCAACUUCCUUGCGGCAAAGAAGAAGACCCCAGCUGAGCGCCAGAGUGCUUCAGAUCGUGCGUAUGGUUCUCAAGUGGCGAGGAAGAUUGCACAGGUGUUGGCCGUGAACUCUCUCAGCACCGCGGGCGACGCAGCGACCGACUUCGAGAACCCCGACACCACCCAGUACUACAUGAACGACCUGGGCGCCUACAUGCUCUACAUCGACUACGACCUCAACAAGCUGCUGGCACUCAUCGUCUUCUUUGCAUGCAUCGUCCUCUUCAUCGCUUGCGCGUGGAAGUGGUGGAACAAGGGCCAGCGCGGCCCACCAGACCAGACAGAGGCGACGCAUGAUGAUCAGGACACCAAGGAUCUGGCUACCGUCGGGACCCAGACCACUGGCGACGUCGAGAAGAUGACCAUGCAGAUGUUCAUCGGCGAGCUGGAGUCGGAGAACGAGUACUUGCAGAAUGAGGUGAUGAAGCUUCAGAUGUCCAACCGAAGCCAGACGGAGCUGAUCCAGAUCAUGCGUCAGCGUCAAGGGCAAGCUCCCCCUCCUCCUCAUCCUCAACCUCGGCCUCAGCCCAACGUGCAACUCCCCUUGCAGUUUUUGUGA